AUGACCUCCGCUCCGUCUCGAGACCCCUCUACUUCUCGAUCCAUCGACAAUGCGUCUCCUGCUCCAUCUAACGCACCAUCUACGAGCUCUGCCCUAGAUAAGCCCGAAUCGAUCUCCGCAGCCUAUGUCUCUGAUAAGCAGGAUGAUAGCUCGAAGCUAAAGACCUUUUUGAGCAUUCUACGCAAGUUCAUUGGCAUUUCUGAUCUGGCCUCUGUCCGCUUCUCUUUGCCUGCCCAGUUGCUCGAGCCAACCCCCAACCUCGAAUACUGGAACUAUCUGGACCGUCCUGAAACAUUCAUUGCAAUCGGCGAUUCGGACGAUGCCUUAGGUCGUAUGCUGGAAGUGCUGCGCUUCUGGUUUACUAAAGACCUGAAGUACGUGAAAGGCAAACCCUGCAAGCCAUACAACAGCACUCUCGGAGAGUUUUUCCGCUGCAACUGGGAGAUCAAAGAUGAUGCACCCCCAGUUCUUGGACCGACGCACAAGGAAUCGACCACACAGCAUAUAGAAACAGAGAACAAGCCUGUGCGGAUUUCAUACCUCACAGAGCAAACAUCCCAUCAUCCUCCUGUGUCCGCAUUUUACGUUGACUGCCCGGUUAAAGGAAUUAGCGCGCGGGGUUUUGAUCAACUUUCCGCAAAGUUCACGGGCACAAGCAUCAGAGUCGUACCUGGUGCCCAUAACUUGGGUAUCUUUGUCAAUAUCGCAAACCGUGACAAUGAAGAGUACCAACUCACCCAUCCGAUCGCACAUCUCGGAGGAAUCAUACGAGGUUCUCUAAGCGUAACAGUGGCCGACACAUGCUUCAUUACAUGUCCAAAAUCGAAGCAAAAAACCAUUUUGGAGUAUCUAGAAGAGAGCUGGUUGGGCAAAACACAAAACAAGGUGAAGGGGGUCAUCUUCACCUAUGACCCAACACACGACGCAAUUACGCGAAUAAAGGACGUCCCAGACAAGGAUAUUCUAGCACGAAUUGAAGGGAACUGGCAUGAAGAAAUUCACUACACACUUCCCAACCACAAAGAAACCCACCCCCUAGUUGACCUCCGCCCCCUCUUCCCCGAACCUAAAUUAAUUCCGCCCCUAACAAUUCAAUUACCCAAUGAGUCGCAACGAUUCUGGGCAAAUGUCACAACAGCCAUCAAAGACAAGAAAUUUACCGAGGCUACCAGAUUAAAACAAGAGCUUGAAGAAAAGCAGCGGCGAAUUGCUAAAGAAAGGGAGAAUACGGAGAACGCAUUCAAGCCGCGAUUUUUCACGCAAACAAUCGAAAAGGACGGGAAGCCUGACUUAUCGGAGGAGGGAAAGAGGACGAUCCAGGAUUUGCAGGAGGGAAAGUGGGAGAUCAAGGAGGGAGUUGGGGCGGGAUUAGAAAAGGAUGUCAUUUAA